AUGAGCAGUUCCGAAGAAGAUGGCUCCACGUCUGAGCAUCCGCCACGUCGGGCGUCCCAUUUGCCAACUGAUCGAGGACGUACUAAGAAAUGGGCACCCAAGACAUUCAACGGAUGCUUGACAUGCAAAAAAAGAAGGAUAAAAUGCGAUGAAGGAAAACCUUCCUGCCAAAGAUGCCUCAAAUCCAACCUUGAUUGCAGUGGAUAUGCACCACCCAAGAUCAGGUUAUUUGAGCCCGCGCCUAUGUCCACUCCAACACCACCACCAAUGUCAGCCCAAAUGUCGGCAAAAGGCACCUCGACCAUCAGUGCUAGGUCACAGGCAUCGAAUACCCUCCAGUUCCAGUCCUAUCUUGACAACUAUCCCCAUCCACAUAACUUAGCAUUGGCUCCAUCGUUCGGAACAGAUGAAGACUAUCGAUCGUUUCAAUUCUUCCUUGAAAAGACCUCCAGUCUCAUCUCAGUAUACUCCCAACCUUAUCUGUGGACAGUGCUCCUGCCCCAGGCAACUUUCCGCCAACCUGCGAUCAAGCACUCGAUUCUUGCGCUUGCCACUUUACAUCAAUCCCUGACCAAUUUGGAAUCGACUGUGGCUGCCAGGGAGAACCAUGCCUUUAUGUCGCACUACAAUCUAGCCAUCCGUGCCUUGGUGACUGACAAACCUCCAGUCGAUGUAGUGUUGACGACCUGUGUUAUCUUCUGGGCAUUGGAAAACUUCAACGGCAGUGGAGAGGCCGCGUUUGAUCACAUGAAGGCGGCGAUCAAGAUCCUUGGAGAAUGGAAAGCUACCAAACGACCUGACGACCCAUCCAACGAUCUCAUCACCAAGUACAUCGAGCCUACAAUCUGCGAGGGCAUCAAGUUCGCAUCCAAGCUUCGCGUCGAUCAAUUACAAGACCAGAUGAAAGCACUAUCAUUGAGCACACAAGACUACCGAGUCCUCAACCUUGAACAUCCAGCAUUCGAAGAUUUGGAGCAGGCAGAAAGAUACCUUCGCGACUGUAUCAUGGAAAUUCUUCGCUUGACAAUGACACUGAAGAGCCUUACCCCCACGCUCCGGGACCAGAUCGAAGAACUAGAAGCCCGACUCAACAAAUGGAUGCACCUCUUCCAGCCCUUGACGGCCACAGGACCCGUCUCCCAACGAAAAAUGCUCGUGGUGCACGACAUAGCCGCGUACUGUCUGCUAAGCCGCUUGAAACUCAAAGCCGGAAUCUCCGACCCCAAGACGAUCCAACCCGGCCGAGAUCGCUACGCAUUCAUCGUCGUCGAAGUGGAAGACAUGUUGAAAUACGACCCAUACUGCACCGAACUCAACCAGAAACCCGCUCCUCUUCUAGGCUUCGUGCCGGCCGUAUUCCUCGCGGCGACGACCGCGCCGAAAGCCCAGACGCGCCAACGCGCCAUCAACGCACUCCGCCUCCUGGACGCGAUGCACGGGCCAUGGUGCGGAAGAUUAGCCGCCUCGGUCGCGGAAGUGAUGCUUGAGAUUUCGCAGCAGUUCUCCCUAGCCGUCACCGAGCUCGACAUCGAGCAGAUGAACUUUGAAUACGACCUGCAGAAGGGUCAGUUACGCUUAUUUUGGCAGCCGGACGACGAGCAUUUGCAAGGUUUCAGCUAUGUGAAGGAAUUGGAUUUGCCACAUGUUAGCUGGGCGGAUGGUCAACGACUACCGGAGCUCAUCCAGUAUUUUGGAUAUUGUAAAUUGUAG